UUUCAUGUGAUCCUGGGGAAGACAGCCUGCGGGCAGAGGGAAGUGCUGAAAAGCCGUCCCAUCAGGAAGAGAGAGCCUUUCCCCUGUGUGCUCCCCAUGCUCAGAGGCUGCCGGCGCUCACAGCAAAUUUUCCCAGGUGCCAACGGAAGCCCUUUGAGCAUUUCACGCCUUUCUAGAAAGCAAGUCUCCUCUGAUAAAAUCCCGAGGGACUCUGUGCACCGUGACUCGCCAUGGGCAACGAGAACAGCACUGCGGACAACCAGCAACAGGACCCUGGUUUGCCCAGCGACAUCCUGUGGCCUCCAAACCCUGGGCCUCCUCAGAGGACUUCGUCCACUCAGAGUCCGGGAUCCCUACAACCACCCGGGAAUAGUCAGAAUAUAACAGGGAAGCCGGAGGAGGAGCCCAGAAGCGCUGGCCGUGGAGACUUGCCCAGCGUCACGCACGGAGACUCCUGCUCUGCUCCUGAGGGUGCUGCCAGCUCAGAUCCGGGCAUCAUCACGUCCCCAGAGGUGACUGAACCAAGGAGGCACCCGCAGAAAGCCAGCAGCCCGGAAGACUCUGCACUGCCCAGCCCACCAGUGCCCUGGGCGCAGCACAGCCCCCCAGGCUCCAUGCCCUUUGCCGAGGGCCCCCCCGAAGCUUGCUCCACAAGCCCUCCAGCUGCACCUGAAGGCUGGCCCCUCAUCCGGCCCCUUGCUCAGCACCCCAGGAGGAAAUCUUCCCCAAAUAUCCAGGGGUACACCCUGGCAGCGCCUGUCCCUCCCGGAGACAGCCCUACUCGGCACAGCGCAGCUGCCAUUGUUCCCAGUGCUGGAAGACAGAACAACCUAAAGGAAGAGGGACACAUGCCCUUUGCUGAGAGUCCACCUGAAGCUUGUUCAGCAAGCCCUCCAGCUGCACCUGAAAGCUGGCCCCUCAUCCGGCCCCUGGCUCAGCACCCCAGGAGGAAAUCUUCCCCGAAUGUCCGGGGGUACACCCUGGCAGUGUCUGCCCCUCACGGGGACAGCCCUACUCAGCACACUGCAGUUGCCAUUGUUCCCAGUGCUGGAAGACAGAACGACCUAAAGGAAGAGGGGUGGAAAUCAGCUUCCAUUGAUCAGUCACCAGGAAUUUCACCAGCACCUCCCAGAGAGCCAGUAGAGGGACAGCUGGCUGGAGAGGCAGGCCAGCCUGGCGGUUUCGACUCCCAAAGGAAAGAGGCUGCAGGCGGCCUCCCUCCACCAGUGCCUGGAGUACAAGCAGCCCCCACGAGCCCUUCUGCAGCCCCGUCAGGCAAGGAGAGCUCAGCUGUCUUGGAGGAGGGCCUGCCAAUGCCUGAGACCCGGGCCCCAGAAGUGCCAUCCCCCAGAGCCUCAGACAGAGGCAGCUUCCAGGCAGAGAUGCCGCUGCAGGAUUCAGUCGCUGACUCAGUUUCCCUUGGCACCUGUUGUCCCACGGGAAGCAAUUCAGGGACUGAUCCAGAAGCCAAGGCCACUGCUUCUCCCCGGGAAAGUAGCCAGCAGCAAACAGGGGCACAACCGCUAUGCUCGGAGCCACCCUGUGAUCCACCAUAUCCUGCCCUGGUGCCAGGGGAAGGGGGCUCUUGGAUGGAGACUCCAGAUGCCAGUGAUGCUCAGUGUCACUCAAAGACAGGGAUGCCAGGAACCACGCCCAGUAAAGCCGCCUGUGUGGCAGCAGGGGACCAACCUGAGGCUGGUUUGCUUGUCAGUGCUGAGGAACAGCAUCCAGCUUCAGGCCUCACUUCACAGCCAGGCGCUCAGUCCUCGGCUGUCGCAGAAGAACCCAGCUGGCCGGCCAGGGAGAUGGUUUCCGGGCCUGAGGUGCCUGUUUUUACAGAUCCUGCCAAAGAGCCAGCAGAGGCAGGGUUGGCAGGACAGGAGACGCCCACAUCAGAUCUCAGAGGUGAGGGAGAGGGUCCAGAAGGGACCCCCACAGAGGGUCCUGCCCAUUUGCCCCAGAAGGAGAGCUGGGAGAUCUGCAGCAGUGAGCAACGGCAUGGAGUCCAGCAAGGGGCGCUGCCCCCUCCUCCCAGCACACGGGAUGAAAGGGCCAGAAGCUCACCAGGGCCAAAGGAUGAAGCCAGGGCCCCUGACAGCCCACGUGUGGCUAAGGGGGAAAGCAGACAAUCUGGGGCCAAUCCUAUAGGACAGGAAGAAGCCCCAGAGCCACCUGGCAGUGCAGAUCCUGGGAACCAGUGGGGAGAGCACCCUCAGGCCCUCGGCUGUAAGCCUGACCCAGAGAAGGAGAAAGAGGAGGUGUCAAGGCGAACCAGUGACGUGGAGAGUGAAGUCCUUCCGAGCACGGCCUUAGCACAGCCCUGCAGGGAGGAGGGCCCUGGGCACAUGGCCGCUCACAGCACAGUGGCCUGUGGGGCUCUGGGAGAAGUCAGCGUGGUCCAUGCACCUGGCUCACUGCACAUGCUCCAUGCACAGGGCCCCAUCACACCCCCUGCACUGGAGGGAGCUGGUGAACACAUCGUUCCCGAAGGAGCUGUCCAGGAGGGGCCAGGACGGCAGCCCAGAUGUCCCGACAUCCUUCAGGACGUGGGGGGACUGGGAAGAAUGGACACUCUUCCUGCGUUAGAAUCUGAGAAAUCAGACUUCCUGUCGACUUCUGCGGCAGAGGUCGUCCCCAAAGCCAGGGAGGUGGAGAGCUCAUCAGAAAUAAAGACCAGGGGCCACCCAUCUGUGCAGAAGCCCAGCAGCUGUGAUGGGGAGGGCUUGCUGACGUCCCCUCAACCCCAUGGGCUGGGGCAUGAUGCAGCUGGACAGGAAAUCCAAGCUGACGGGCCACAUCCCACUGAGGGAGAGAGCUUGGUAGUGGACUGUGGGCUCCCGAUGCUCAUUCCGGAGCAAGAUCAGGAGGGAAACCUGUCCUGCCCAGGACGCCAAAUACAAGUAGCUGCACCUGAGGGACCCUCGGGCUCUUCUGAGAACCAUUGCCAGCCAUCCCAACCGGGCCCAGAAGGUGCUGUCUUUGACAUGCUUGGGGAGAAGGUGCAACAGUGUGAAAAUAAGGACAAGACUUCUCCAGGUGAUCCAGGUUUUAAGAACCCAGGUACAGAUUCUCCCCAAAUCCCCGUACCCAUGAAACCUCAGGAGGGUGUGACCUUGUCCACUCACAGAGGAGAGGAGCAGGCUUCCAGAUCAGAAGUAAGUGAGCUCCCCGAAGUCGGUCUGUCUGAUGCUCCGUGUUCAGCUCCCAGGGACACGGUUCUGGAGAGCCCUGUGCCAGGGCAUUUGGAGCUGCCGGCCCCAGUGAGACCCGAGUUGCCUGCACUUGGGGAGGACGGGCAAGAGGUGGUGUGCAGCGGCAGCGAGCCCUGCGGCAUCCUGCUGCCUGCAGUGGACACCUCUCAAGACUCUUCCCUCGCAGGGAGCUGCAGCAGGAACGACAGUUGCGCUGGGCAGGGGCCGAACAAGUCCCAGCAGGAGCCGGUCGGUGUGCCGAGAGCCAGCAGCCAGCAUGACGAAGCAUGUCUCGGGGACGCAGGUGCUUCUGAAGCAGCUGACGCCGGGCCCCCACUCCAGGGCUCCGGCAAGACGAAGGAGGCAAGUGAGAACACGGCGGGGGCCCUGCCCCACCGGCCUGACUCAGUAGCUCUCCUGGAUGCAGCUCAGUGCCCGCCAGGCCCAGCGCCUGCCAGCCCCGGCGUCACACCCACUCAGGAUGCCCCAGAGAGCGAGGCAUGUGAUGAAACCCAGGAAGGCGGGUGGCAACCGGGGCUGGCCCCGCAGGAGGAAAUGGAGCGUCCUGCCACCUCGGACACAGAGGCCCAGAAGCUUCCUGGAAGUUUCCCAUCAGCCGAGGAGCCGCGAGGUGAGGCACGGGCUGCUGCUGAGACUGGUGGCGAUGUUGACAAAGGAGACCUGAGGGGGCCUCAGGCUCCAGAGGAGCCAGGAGAAGGUACUCUGCCCAGCGGCGGCUUCCUGCUGGCGGAGCAGUGCCCCGCCCCUGGGGAGCAAGCUCCCACGCCUGCCCAAGGCGAAGCUGGCCACCCUGGGCAGCCCUCAGCCAGCUGUCAGGACACCCUGCCGCCAGCAGGAGAGCUGGGUGGGAUUUCCAGGAGCAUGGUGGAUAGUCCAGCAGCCCAGGCUAUCCCCAACCCAAAGAAGCUCCUACCGUUGGGGCUACCAGAAGAGGCCGCUCCUGACACUCCUUACCUGCAGAUUGACAGUGCUGCCAGGAAAGGGGCAGCAGAUAGUCCUAGAGGUCUUGGUGAAGGCCCUUGUCCUGCACAGGAGCCCCCGUGUGCCUCAGAAAAUGCCGCCUCCAGGAAGCCGGCUGCUGGCUCCCUUGCCUCCGUCUCCCAACCAGGAGCUGCAGGUGGGGACAUCUCUGCGGUGCAAGCCAGCAGUGGAAGCCCCAAAGCCAGGAACUGUGAAGGACCUAUGGACCCUGUGCCCUACAUGGACAGGAUGCUGCUUCCGGCCAGUGGUAAGCAGACGACAGAGGAGGAGAGAGCGGUCCGAGCUCCUGAUGCAGGCACUCAGCCCCAGGAAAUUCCUGCUCACCCGGCCAGUGAGGGGGGCGCGGAGGGGAUGGGAGAACCUUCCCAGGACGUGAGGAAGGGCACGUCCGAUGGUGUGGACACAAGCUCCAGGCAGACCAGCACGAUUGCCGGAUUCCCUGACUUCAGGGAGCAUAUUACCAAGAUCUUUGAGAAAUCUGUGCUCGGAGCCCUGACCGCCGAUCGGCCCCAGCGCACAGCAGGAGAAAAGGCAGGGCCUGGCCGGACUGUCGGGGGCAAGGACCUCAAUGUGCCAUUAAGCCCAGAGAAGCUUCCAGAUGGGACUCAAGUAGAAGCUGUAGCCCCUCUCCCUGCCCCUCCUGCUGGACUCUGGGGGGACUCACAGAAGCAGAAGCAAGAGCUGGCUGUUGAGGCUGAGAUUCCCCACAGGGCUCCCCAGGAUCCGGCUCCAGAGAAGCCACUGGGGCUGGCAGGGCAGAACCUGGCGGGUGCCAGCGUGGGCAAGGGAAUGACUGGUGUCCCGCUGAUGCUGAAGGACAGCGAGGAGCUGGAGGGGGCAGGAGAAGCGGGGCUGGGAGGCCAGGCCUGCUCAGGGCCGGGAAGCAGCCGGCAACAAUCAGCUUCGGGUCCUUCAUCACAAGCUGCUGCUUCAGAGACUCCUGCAGAGAAAGCUGCAGACUUGCCGGUGGCUCCCCAGAACCCCAGGGAAGAGGACUCGGUUCCAGAUGACAGGAUUCCUUCUGGGAAGCAGCACCAGGACACAUCCACCAGCAACAGUCAACCCAGAGAAGAUGGUGCCUGCAGCUUUGUUCACACUGGAGCUCCAGGUGAUGUGCCAAUGUCCACCUCUGGCCUGGGAGCAUCUGGCCCCCAUGGGGAUGUGCCUGUCAUGGCUGAGGCCAUCAGUGAGCCCUGGGACCCUGUCAUACCUGGGGGAGAGAGAAGACAUGGAGGCGAUGCUCAGACCUCAGAAAAACAAAGUUCCCUGGGCAACCAGAGCACCCCUGAGCCAGCAGCAGUAACAGUCACUCCCCCGGAGCCCAGUGUGGUGGCAGGGGCUGCUAGGAAAGCAGAGGGUGACAUCACUUUGAGCACAGCUGAGAAUGGGGCACGUGUGCCUGGUGACCUGCCGGAAUCAGGUACGACAAGGAUGUUCUCUGGAGUGCCUCCUGCCUCUGUGCCGCCAGGGAGCUGUGGGGACCCAGGCUGCUCCCAGGGGACUGUGGGGAUGGAGGCUGCAGACGCCCUGCACGUGGACGGCCCAGCUGGGCAUCAGCAGGCUGAGCUUCCGACUCCUGCUGGGGAUGGGAAGGCAUGUAUCUCCUCACCUCCGGAACCUGAAGACACUCAGGACCCUAAACUGCAAAGCCUGGCUCCAGAAGCAUUCCAUGCUGAAAGAAAGAGCCUGGGGCCUGGCCCAUCCCCUUCGGUUCCUGAGAAGGAUGUUCCAGACGUCACGGGUGAGGUCAUUUCCAAGGAGGCCAGCAGUGCGGGAGGAGCAGAAAGUUCACCUGUGGCAGAUGAUGUCACCCAGCUGGCUGCCUGUGAAGACCUGGGAAACCCACUCUUAGCUGCCUCUUCCCACCCCGGUGUUGUCAUUGGCCAGGUGUCCACGGACCUGACAUCCCAGAGCACCUCCCCAGCUGCUGCCCGCGUGGAUCCCUGUCCCCCGGCCUCAGAGCACGCAUCUGUGCCUUCCGCCUCGGCGAGUGAUGGAGUAGAAGCCCCCACUGCCUCCUGCCAGGGUCUGGCCAAGGACUUGACCAGGAGUUCUGACUCUGAAGAAGCAUUUGAGACCCCAGAGUCGACAACCCCUGUCAAAGCUCCACCGGCCCCACCCCCACCACCCCCAGAAGUCAUUCCAGAGCCGGAGGUCAGCGUGCCACUUUCCCCGGAAGAACCAGGAUGCGGCGCUGAGUCAGCCUCCAUCCCUGAUGGCCCGCGGAGCGCCUCGGUGGACGGCAGCCCCUUCCGCCCUCCAGCCCAGUCCUUCUCCGCCAUCUUCGAUGAAGACAAGCCGAUAGCCAGCAGCGGGACUUACAACCUGGACUUUGACAGCAUCGAGCUGGUCGAUAAUUUCCAGACCCUGGAGCCUCGCUCCUUGGAUGCCAAGAACCAGGAAUGCAAAGUGAGCACUCGGAGGAAGUCCACGGACUCUGUCCCCACCUCUAAGUCCACACUGUCCCGCUCUCUCAGUUUGCAGGCCAGUGACUUUGAUGGUGCUUCUUGCUCAGGCAGCGCUGAGGCCGUGGUCCCGGCCCCCGAUGCAUGCAGCGCGGGUUCAAGCAGCGACUCCAGUACCCUUAAGCGAACUAAGAAACCAAGGCCACCUUCCUUAAAAAAGAAACAGAUCACAAAGAAACCCUCGGAAAGCCCCCCAGUGAGAGAGACCCAGCAAGAGCCAGCCGAGGAAAGUCCAGUCCCCAGUGAGGAGAAUAGAACAUCCGAGACAAAAGUGGAAUCAGCCCAGCUGGAAGAUUCUAGACCAGCCUCAACCCAGGAGGCACCGCUGGAACCUGCUGCUGUGCCCAAGGCUGCCUGCCCUCUGGACUCGGAGAGGGCAGAAGGGGCUGCCCCCCCAGCUUCCGGAGGUGGCAGAGUGCAGAACUCACCCCCCGUUGGGAGGAAAACGUUGCCUCUUGCCACAGCCCUGGAGGCGGUGGAGGUGACCCCAUCAGACAGCGGGGGGCAGGAGGACUCCCCAGCCAAAGGGCUCCCAGUGAGGCUGGAGUUUGACUAUUCUGAGGACAAGGGUAGCCGGCAGGAAAACCACCCUCCUACCAAAAAGCCAGGCAAAAAGCCAGUUGCCAAAAUGCCCCUAAGGAGGCCAAAGAUGAAAAAAACGCCCGAGAAACUCGACAACACUCCUGCCUCGCCUACCAGGUCCCCCGCUGAACCCAAUGACAUCCCUGUCGCUAAAGGUACCUACACCUUUGAUAUUGACAAGUGGGAUGACCCCAAUUUUAACCCUUUUUCUUCCACCUCAAAAAUGCAGGAGUCUCCCAAACUGCCCCAACAGUCGUACAGCUUUGACCCGGAUGCCUGCGAGGAGUCCAUUGACCCCUUUAAGACAUCCUCUAAGACCCCCAGCUCACCCUCUAAAUCCCCAGCCUCCUUUGAGAUCCCAGCCAGUUCCACGGACGCCAACGGCGCGGACGGGGACGGGCUGAACAAGCCCGCCAAGAAGAAGAAGACGCCGCUGAAGACGGUGGUUGAAGAUGUGAUGUCUGUGUGCUCUCUGUUUGACACAUUUAGGGUGAAAAAGUCGCCAAAACGGUCUCCUCUCUCUGAUCCACCUUCUCAGGACCCCACUCCAGCGGCAACACCAGAAACGCCGCCGGUGAUCUCUGCCGUGGUCCAUGCGACCGACGAGGAGAAGCUGGCGGUCACCAGCCAGAAGUGGACAUGCAUGACAGUGGACCUGGAGGCUGACAAACAGGACUACCCGCAGCCCUCCGACUUGUCCACCUUUGUGAACGAGACCAAGUUCGGUUCGCCCGAGGAGGAGUUGGAUUACAGAAACUCCUAUGAAAUUGAAUAUAUGGAGAAAAUUGGCUCCUCCUUACCUCAGGACGACGAUGCCCCGAAGAAACCGGGCCUGUACCUUAUGUUUGACACAUCUCAGGAGAGCCCAGUCAAGUCUCCCCCCGUCCAGAUGUCGGAGUCCCCGACGCCGUGUUCAGGGUCCAGUUUUGAGGAGACUGAAGCCCUUGUGAACGCUGGGGCAAAGAUCCCCCAUCCCAUCGCUCGAGGGCUGGCCCCCAACCAAGAGCCACACUUGCAGGGGCCAGAGAAAUCCUCCCAGAAGGAGCUGGAGGCCAUGGCCCUGGGCACCGCUUCAGACACCAUUGAAAUUACAGCUCCCGAGGGUGCCUUUGCCUCUGCCGACGCGCUCCUCGGCAGGCUGGCUCACCCGGCCUCCCUCUGUGGUGCGCUGGGCUAUCUGGAACCUGACCUAGCCGAAAAGAACCCCCCACUCUUUGCUCAGAAACUGCAGGAGGAGUUAGAGUUUGCCAUCAUGCGGAUAGAAGCGCUGAAGCUGGCCAGGCAGAUCGCCCUGGCUUCCCGCAGCUGCCAGGACGCCAAGAGAGAAGCUGCUCACCCGACAGAUGUCUCCAUCUCCAAAACAGCCCUGUACUCCCGCAUCGGGACCGCCGAGGUGGAAAAACCUGCAGGCCUCCUGUUCCAGCAGCCCGACCUGGACUCCGCCCUGCAGGUCGCCAGAGCAGAGAUCCUAACCAAGGAGAGAGAGGUGUCCGAGUGGAAAGAAAAAUAUGAAGAAAGCCGGCGGGAAGUGAUGGAGAUGAGGAAAAUAGUGGCCGAGUACGAGAAGACCAUCGCGCAGAUGAUAGAGGACGAGCAGAGGGAGAAGUCGGUCUCCCAUCAGGCGGUCCAGCAGCUGGUUCUGGAGAAGGAGCAGGCCCUGGCUGACCUGAACUCCGUGGAGAAGUCUCUGGCGGACCUCUUCAGGAGGUACGAGAAGAUGAAAGAGGUCCUGGAGGGCUUCCGCAAGAAUGAGGAGGUGCUGAAGAAGUGUGCGCAGGAGUACCUGUCCCGAGUGAAGAAGGAGGAGCAGAGGUACCAGGCCCUGAAGGUGCACGCGGAGGAGAAGCUGGACAGGGCCAACGCCGAGAUCGCCCAGGUGCGGGGCAAGGCCCAGCAGGAGCAGGCUGCCUACCAGGCCAGCCUGCGGAAGGAGCAGCUGCGGGUGGACGCCCUGGAGAGGACGCUGGAGCAGAAGAAUAAAGAGAUAGAAGAACUCACCAAGAUUUGUGAUGAACUGAUUGCCAAAAUGGGGAAAAGCUAACUUUGAACCAAAUGUUCGGACUUGACCGUUGCGUGCAAUAUGACCGUCGGCACACUGCUGUCCUUCAGUCCCAUGGGCAGGUUCUGUUCUCACUUGUUCAUGUGCACUACUGGGUUCCCUUUCUAAAUAACGGUGAUUUGAUUGUAUGCAGUGCUAAGGAGACUAUCAGAAGUUCUUGCUAUUGGUUUGCAUUUUUUCUGGUAUAAAUUCAUAGCAAGUUGACCUCAGAGUUCCUGUAUCAGGGAGACUGUCUGAUUCUCUAAUAAAACACACAUCGCUGACCUUGGCCUUGCCCUCUGUACAUGAGUUCCCGGGGUGAGCGGCUUUUGGAUUUAAUAUGAACACGUACAGCUUGCACGGGGACUCUUGCCUUAAGGAGUGUAAACUUGAUCUGCAUUUGCUGAUUUGUUUUAAAAAAAAAAGGAAAGAAAAUGCAUGUCUCAAAUGAAAUUCUCUAUUGUAAAUAAAUUUUUUUCUUUGGAUCUUGGCAA